GCGGUGGGAGGAGCGCUCGCUGGUGGGUGAGUCCGUCUCGCGGCCGCCGUGGUCUCGAGGCGGGAGGAGGCCGGGCUGGGCUCGGGCCAUGGUGCGGGGCAGGAUCACCGGGCUCGCGGUGAGCGACGUCCGCUUCCCCACCUCCCUGGGGCACCAUGGCUCCGAUGCUAUGCACCCGGACCCUGACUAUUCUGCUGCCUAUGUUAUAAUAGAAACUGAUGCCCGUGAUGGACUCAAAGGUUAUGGAUUAACAUUUACUUUGGGUAAAGGCACAGAAGUUGUUGUUUGUGCAGUUAACGCUCUCUCCAUUCACGUGGUUAAUAAAGACCUAGAAGAAAUUGUCAGCGAUUUUAGAGGAUUCUACAGGCAGCUCACCAGUGACGGACAGCUCCGAUGGAUUGGUCCAGAGAAAGGUGCUGUGCAUUUGGCUACAGCUGCUGUUCUGAAUGCCGUGUGGGAUUUGUGGGCUAAGCAGGAGGGAAAGCCUCUGUGGAAGUUACUAGUUGACAUGGACCCAAAGCAGUUGUUAUCCUGCAUAGAUUUCAGGUAUAUUACUGAUGCACUAACAGAAGAAGAAGCUCAUGAAAUACUCCAAAAUGGUCUUCUUGGGAAGACGGAAAGAGAAGAGCAAGUGUUAAAGCAUGGAUACCCUGCUUAUACCACGUCUUGUGCCUGGCUGGGCUACCCGGACCAGCAGUUAAAACAGCUAUGCACAGAUGCAUUGAAGGAUGGUUGGACAAGGUUUAAAGUAAAGGUUGGUGCCGAUCUGCAGGAUGACAUUCGUAGAUGCAGACUUAUUAGAGAAAUGAUUGGCCCUGACAAGACAUUGAUGCUGGAUGCUAACCAACGAUGGGAAGUGAAGGAAGCAAUAGAGUGGGUCACUAAAUUAGCUGAAUUUAAACCAUUAUGGAUUGAGGAGCCAACUUCUCCCGAUGAUAUUCUUGGACAUGCAGCCAUUUCUAAGGCCUUGGCGCCAUUAGGAAUUGGUGUGGCAACAGGAGAACAAUGCCACAAUAGAGUGAUAUUUAAGCAGCUCCUACAGGCUAAGGCCCUGAGCUAUCUCCAGAUUGACAGCUGCAGGCUGGGGAGUGUGAAUGAAAACUUGUCUGUGUUGCUGAUGGCCAAAAAGUUUCAAAUUCCUGUGUGCCCUCACGCUGGGGGUGUUGGGCUCUGUGAGUUGGUACAGCACUUGAUAAUAUUUGACUAUAUUUCAGUAUCUGGAAGCCUUGAAAACAGGAUGUGUGAGUAUGUAGAUCAUUUGCAUGAACACUUCAAAUAUCCUGUUGUAAUCCAGAAAGCUUCCUAUGUACCACCUCAGGAUGCUGGAUAUUCCACUGAAAUGAAAGAAGAUUCUGUAAGGAAAUUCCAGUUUCCUCAGGGAGAAGUUUGGCAGAAGCUCCUUUCUAAGCCAUAAAGUACUACUGCAUUAAGCCUAACCCUGACAAUUUUCAGGCAGAAGAUUAAAUUUCCCAAGUUGUUCAUGCCCUAUUGUUAGGUGAUGAUACAAGAUUUCAGCUGCCAGUAAGUGCUUUUGUGUCACCAGGCAAAAACCUUCAGGAAUUAACAUAACACAUAGUCCAGGCUGUUUAGUUUAAAGAAAUGACUGAGGCCUGUAAUCCAGCAAAGUUGUUAUACUUUAGUGUAACUAGUGGAUGGGCAACAAACUUCAUUUCUAGAACUAGUCUACAAAUCAGUAACUCUGCAGUAUCUGUUUUCAUAGAUUCCAAGGGCAGAAGGGACCACUGUGAUCACCUAAUCUGACCUCCUGCAUAACACAAGCUUUAAAAUUUCCCAAAAAUUUUUUGAACUGUCGCAUCUGUCACACACAUCCACUCUUGUUUUAAAAAUAGCCAGCGUUGGAGCAUCCAAUAUGACCCUUGGUAAAUUGUUCCAGUGGAUUUUCUCACAAUAUACUAAAGUAUUUGAAUUUAGAGAUUUAAAAUAAAAUUCUUUACUGUCUACUCUUGUCCUAAUCCUAUACAAAACUUCAUACUGGUUAUGUUGUGGAACCAGAAGCUGUUGAGUGUCCAGUGGGGUAUAGAAACAAUGUGUCCAGUGGCAUCUUAAAGACUAAUUUAUUUGGGCAUAAGCUUUCAUGGAUAAAAAACCACUUCUUCAGAUAGGUAUAGAGCUCUUCAGAGUUGUUCCAUUGCUUUUGUGUUUCAUAUUUUCUUCAAGGCCCAAACUUAAAGUUUUUACUCAACCACCUGUGUGUACAUAAGCUACCAUGGCUUGGUAAGAUGGGCAGCAUCAUGAAAGGACCAGAACUGAUACUGAUGUCACCAGUAUCCUGCAGCAGGGGUAGAGUUGAUAAAGCUAGGUGUUAUGCUUUAGUUGUAGCAAGACUUGAGACUAGACAUUUGCUGAUUCAUCAAAAUUGAAGUGUUUUGAAAUCAGUGUCCAACAAACUUCUGUAGGAAGCCUGCCUGGCUUCUUGACAACUUGCUUACCUGCCCACUGCCUUAGCAGCCUACUGAGAGAGUGCUUGGGAGCCUAAAGGCCCCAGCUUCAGUAUACUCCAGGUACCACAGCCCCCAUUCCAAUUAGAAUUCAUGUUUUGAUUUUUUGUUCUGAAAUUGAACAAAGCCAAAACUUUGAAAUCUCAAAAUCCUCUGAAAGUUACCUUGAUCUUCUUGAUAUUAGUGUUACAAGCACAAAUUCAGUACCAGGCCUUAGAUACACACUUUCCAAACACCACUGAAAAUAUUUAUACAAAAGUUUAUUAAACAUUCUUCUCCAGCUUAAAAAAAUCCACUGCUAUAACACCUGUUUUGUUUUGAAUUAGUUAUGCAUUAGUAAGUAUUUAAACAAGACUAAAUACUUCUCACUAGUCACUGCUCAGGCUACAGUGCAGAGCAAGGAAAAGCUAGAAAUAUUAACUUAAACCCAGUAACAACUUAGGGGGGCUCCUGCCAAUUCAUGAAUGAUUUAUAGACAGUAGAAAUGUACAACCCAGAGUCACCUUCCAACAGAGACCUCUGUACUCAAAGACUGGCUAGUAAACAGUGCUAAUUUUUUCUUUUACACCAAGAUUUGGUUCAAUGACACCUCCUGCACAAAAGCAAGCCACUUUCAUUAAUGUACAUUUUUCAUUAGAUACUUCAGAAGCAGGUUAACAGCUAUGAACAGUCCAUCUUUUAGAGAAGGACCCCUUUCAAAGUGAUGUAACUGUUUUAGCAACAUUUAAGAGCAUCACAUUGAGCUUAAGUAUAGACAAGGUAACAUACUUAUGAAACAGACUCAUGUUUAAAAAGUUAAGUGCAUUAAACAGCCAUCUCCAUUUUAAUAGCUGGAUGUGGGUUAUAGUCUUCAAUCUGAAAGUCAUCUGCUUUGAAGUCACUGAUGUUAUCAAUUUUACGAAGAAUUUUGAGUUUUGGGAAAGGACGUGGUUCCCUCUGAAGCUGAAAUUAAAGAGAGUUUGACUUA